AUGGCGUCUGCAACCCCUUCCACCUUCUUCGAGCAGCUGCCGUUGCCCACCAUCGACCGCCCCUUCGGCAUCCACCUGUGGCCCAUAUUCGACAAGGCAUGGACCGCCGUCGCGGGUUACCCCGUGGCUGACUUCAAGUUCGUCCCCUUCGAGACGCCCAUGUCCACGCUCAAGUCGACGUCCAUCUUCAUCGUCGUCUACUACUGCAUCAUCUUCGGUGGCCGCGCGUUCAUGCGCAACCGCGAGCCCUUCAAGCUGAAGACGCUCUUCCUCAUCCACAACUUCUACUUGACCGCCAUCAGCGGCAUUCUUCUGGUUCUCUUCAUUGAGCAGCUCGUCCCCACUGUCGUCCGUGGCGGCAUCUUCCACGCCAUCUGUGACGUUGAAGGCGGGUGGACGCAGCCCCUGGUCGUCCUGUACUACCUCAACUACCUGACCAAGUACCUUGAGCUCCUCGACACCGUCUUCCUUUUCCUCAAGAAGAAGCCCCUGACCUUCCUUCACUGCUACCACCACGGUGCCACCGCCCUCCUCUGCUACACUCAGCUCAUCGGCUCCACCGCGGUCUCAUGGGUCCCUAUCACUCUGAACCUUACCGUCCAUGUCGUCAUGUACUGGUACUACUUCCAGAGUGCCCGUGGCAUUCGCAUCUGGUGGAAGGAGUGGGUCACUCGUCUCCAGAUCAUUCAGUUCAUCAUUGAUCUUGGCUUUGUCUACUUCGCGUCGUACACCUACUUCACCUCCACCUACUUCGACUGGAUGCCCAAUGCCGGCCGCUGCGCUGGUGAGGAGUUUGCCGCCUUCUCUGGCAUGGGCAUCAUCAGCUCGUACCUGGUCCUUUUCAUCUCGUUCUACCUCGCCACUUACAAGCGCGGUGGCAAGUCCACUACUCGCAAGAGCUUGCGACGAAUGAGCCAGGCCCCUCUCCCCGACCUCACCACCACCCCUAUCAAGGGCAAGUCCAACGGUGCCGUCUCUACCGGCGCCAAGACCAACGGUGUCACCACCCGAUCCCGCAAGGCCUAA